AUGGAGAAAGACUUGACAAAGUGGACAGCUUUAAGUGCCUGGGAUUCAAUUUGGCCAAUAAAAGCAAAUCUUCAAACGAGACUCAGCUGGGCGUUUGUUGUCAUGCUGAAGCUGAACAAUUUGUGGGCAAGCAAUAGAAUAAGUUUAGAACAAGGUUCAGGGUGUACUGAUUCGUGGCAGCUUCGAUCAUUCUGUAUGAGUAUGAGGACUGGAUUCUUUCAGAUGACACUAAACCAGGAAUGCAGGCUUUUGAGUACAUGUGCUUCAGGAGGCUGCUACACAUUCCGUACACAGAAUACGAAAGAAACAGCUUGGUCAGGCAAAAAGUCAUCAAUAGACUGGCAGACGGAAACCACUCUUUGCACAGUUGAGAGGAUUUUCUCCAAACGCAUUGCUACUUGCGAAGCGAAUCCUUGCCCACCCUACAAACCGUUCCUUUGCAAGAGUUCGCACAAAUGUAUACCUUUAUCGUCAGUUUGCGAUGAUAUCCCAAACUGCGAUGAAGGAUUCGAUGAAGACCCGGCAUUAUGUAUAGCAUCCAAACGACCACGUGUAGAGGAAAUAUACGACUACCUCACUGGUGCCGGGGCGUGGACAAUAGGUAAACUAUUCGACGGGAUCGAUGCUGAAGUUGUGGCAAAAGCCUUAGCAACUGCGGGAGACUUAAGGGAUCUUCAGAACAUUCUUGGUCUGAGCAACGAAUCGGUAAUGAACAUCGAAAAAGCUUUGAUCGCAUCUGAGGAAGAUGAUCCCAGAGAAAUUGUAUCACUGGGAAUGCCUGAACGAAACUGGGCAAUGACCUCUCAACUGUUAAGGAACCUUCUGGACACCGGAUUCGAAUUAUAGAAUACCAAAAAAUUGGAAUAAUUGUUCAAGAACGCAAAAUAAGCAGUAAAAACCCAUCUGAACUGUA